AUGGACGCCUCCAAAAACCCUGUCAAGCUCGUCAAGGUUACCAGAGUCCUUGGCCGAACCGGCUCUCGUGGCGGCGUGACCCAGGUCAGGGUGGAGUUCAUGGACGAUCAAACUCGCUCUAUAAUCCGAAAUGUAAAGGGGGCCGUCCGUGAGGACGAUAUCCUCUGCCUCCUGGAGUCGGAACGGGAGGCUAGACGGCUGAGAUAA